CAAACUGAAAGAAGCUGCAAGAGAUGGAGACAUAAACCUUCUCUACAGAGUAAUUGAGCAGGAUCCACAUGUGUUGGAACACAUAGAUUCAAUACCAUUUGUUGAGACACCGUUACAUAUUGCAGCAUCUUUUGGUAACAUAAGGUUCGGCACUGAGAUUAUGAGGCUGAAACCUUCAUUUGCAUGGAAGCUAAAUCAACAAGGAUUCACACCAAUCCACCUUGCUAUGCAGCAGAAGCAUAAGAGAAUGGUGCUGCGCUUUGUAGACAUCAACAAAGGUUUGGUUAGAGCGAAAGGGAGAGAAGGUUUCACUCCUUUGCAUUUUGCAAGUGAGAUUGGAGAAAUUGAUCUUUUGGCUAACUUCCUCAUGGCUUGUCCAGAAUCCAUUGAAGAUGUGAGUGUUAGAUGUGAAACUGCACUUCAUAUUGCAGUUAGGUAUCAACAGUACGAGGCUCUUCAAGUCCUGGUUGGAUGGCUGAAGAGAACAUGUCAGAGAAGUGCCAUGCAGAUAGAAAAAACAGUAUUGAACUGGAAGGAUGAAGCAGGUAACACCAUUCUGCAUGUUUCAGCCCUCAUCAAUCACUCAAAGGCGAUUCGAUUGUUGGUGAAGACUAAAAUUGAUUUGAAGGCGAAGAAUUUGGAAAAGUCAACAGCACUAGACAUAGCAGGCAGUGCAGAGAUAAAGAAUGUGUUAGUGAGGGCUGGUGCAAAACAUGGUUCAUCAGUAACAGAUUCUCCAACCAUUGCGGAAAAACAAAGGUGGAAUGUGACACUUGCAGAAAAAAUAAUGAUAUUCGUAAUUCGCAUGAGAAGGGAUAUAACAGAAGACCAACGCCAGGCUUUUCUCAUAGUUGCUGCUCUUAUUGCAACUGCUACCUACCAAUCAGCACUGAGCCCCCCUGGUGGAGUUUAUCAGGCUAAUUCAGAAAACAACAUUAAUAAUAAUGUUAGCAUCACUUCGGUCAAUUCUACAACCACUGCUAAUGCUGGAAGUUCUGUCAUGUCUGAAGGUGAUUUCAUGACCUUGUCGAUUCUGAAUUCAUUUUCUCUUUUGGUUUCAACAGUGGCGAUAUGUAUUCUGACGCCAAGUGGGAUAGUGGGUAGUAUACUGUUAACGCCAUUGAUUUGGUUUGCCUACUGCUAUCUCUAUUCUAUGAAGGUGAUAUCCCCCACUAAUGCUUCCUCAAUUGUGAAUUUGGUUAUGGUGUGUUUAUUCCCUUCCUUGCACUCGGGGGUAAGGUGGGCAUUUUCCUCAGUUUAUAAGAGACUUAAGCGUCGUCAGGAGAACACGGAAAUUGAAACAAGGAAUGCUACAACAGGAAGAAACAUAUGGUAGGAGACUUUAUCUUCACCAGAAAGAAAAUCUAAUGAAACAAACAAGGAAAGACGGUGGACUCUAAAGCAUAUUAUUCUUGUUGUAUUUAUUUUACCAUCUUAUAUUGAAGGAAGUUAUUUAAGUAAU